AUGUUUAGCGUAAGCUCUCCCAAGGGGCGGCUAAAGCUCAGCAUCACCACUACCGACCUCCUAGUUGUGUUCAUCCUCGCUCUCUACGUUACCAAUUGCGAAGCUCGUCGUGAUCUCCGUGUUCAUGGUAAUAAGCACUGCUCAAGCAAGCUGAUUUCCUCACCACCCAAGGGUGUGAUAGAUGGUGGUGCUGCCAAGGGGAACAUGAGAUCUUCAUCGGAGAUUCCGGUUGGAAGCAAAAUGGAUGCAUCAAUGGUCAACAAAGCAGCGAUUGUGGCGAAGGCGAAGAAGGAAGUGACAUCAUCAGGUGAUUCCUAUCGUGGUUCGUUGAGAAAAGCAAUCGAAGCGAUCAAGGUGAGGUCAGGCAUUGGAGAGCGGUCGGUGCUUGGAGCUGAUGGUUCCAACAGCGAGCAAGUAGGAAGUAACACGACCGCCACGUACACCGCCGAAACCCUAGUAGCCAUGGACUACCUAGAUGCGCACCCGGCACCGGCUGUUCACAACAGGUAG